AUGAGUGGAAUAGGUUGGGAAAAGAUGGAUUGGCCUAAGGAUAUUCCCUGUAGAAACGUUACAAUAUAUGGCUUUUGUAAGAAGGAAAAGGAAGGAUGUCCAUUUAAGCACGACAGCAAUGAUUAUACAAAUGUUAAAGUUCCCGCGUCAGCAUAUGCUGAUAAUAACAGUAGUAAUUUCAACCCUAUAGUUAGUUCAAAUACUGGCUCUUCAACAUCGAAAUUUAAUGCUAAGGCAUCUGCAAGUUUCACACCGAUGUCGGCCAAGACUUCAGGUUUUGUGCCGCUUAAUAGUGGUAGUACGAAUGGCAUGGGACCUGUUGCAGAACCACCAUGGCUUUCAACAGUACCCCAGCAACCUUAUGUGAGUCCGACCUAUAAUCCUUAUGCUACUGGUAGCUUUACACCUACAUCAUCAGCUGGAAACCCAUUGAAUCCGAUGGGGAUUACAGCAACAGAUGCUGGUACAGAUUUUAACUUACCAAUGGCUGAUGCGGCAGCUGCGAUGGGUAUUGGUGAAUUAUCACAAACUGAUACUGAUGCAAAGGUCAAUUUACCCAUUAUGUACCCACCGAUGCAUAGUCUUUUGCAAUACCAUCUAUAUGCGCCGGAUCCGCCUCCACAUCUCAGGGCAUCUUUGAGACCUAAUGAACGCAUGGCUCAGGACCUUUUUAUCCCUAACGACUUAAGAGAGCAAUUGGUCAAGAGGAAUUUAGCGUCUUUACAAAUUUUCCCUCUUGGUGGAGCUAUCCCCAGUGUAGUUCAAGAUUAUUUCGGAUUGGUACCAUUGGAUUUUAACAAGAAUUCUGGUAAGAAGGAUUCAUUCAUGGGUCAUAAGAAUUCACUCUACAAGGUGUUCUCCAAUGUAGACGGUAAGGUUUAUUUAUUACGUCGAGUUCAUUCGGUGGCCAAUGUGGAACCUUCAUACAUUUCAAAGACAUUCCAUGCUUGGAGUAACGUCGAUUGUAACAAUGUUGUUAAACUAGUGGAUCUUUUCUUGACGACAAAAUUUGGCGAUUCUUCCCUGUGCGCGGUGUAUGACUUUUAUCCAAUGGCUAACUCACUGUAUGAAGAUCAUUUUGUAAAUUUCCCUUUGAAGCCUAUUACACAGGAAUACUUGUGGUCAUAUUUGGUGCAAUUGAGUAAUGCAUUGAACUCAGUUCAUUCCCAGGGGUUAGUGGUUGAUGUGCUUGAUCUUCAUAAAGUUAUUGUUACUGGAUCUCCCGGUAGAAUUAAGAUUGCAGAUUGUGGACCCCUAGACGUUUUAAAAGCUGGGAAGACGAGAGACAUUGUAGCAGAACAACAGGAAUCUUUUGGCAAGUUAGGAAAUCUUCUGAUCGAAUUAGCUACGAAGUUGGGACCAGAAGGUGGAGCGCAAACCGAAUCUGUAGAUAAUUUGGUGGUUGAUGAAAAAUUCAAAGAUGUGCUCAAAUAUCUAUUGAGUGACAAACCUAAAUCAGUUACGGAAUUGACUUGCAUGUUCCAUGAUAAAAUCUUUAGUGUCAUAAAUUCAUCUUUGACAUAUGCGGAAUAUACUGAAGGUGUUCUAUCAAAGGAAUUGGAGAAUGGGAGAUUGUUCAGAUUAAUUUGCAAAUUGAAUUUCAUAUAUGGCAGAAUGGAACACCGAAUAGAUGUGAAUUGGUCUGAAUCUGGUGAUAAGUUUCCCAUUUUGUUAUUUUAUGACUACGUUUUCCAUCAAGUAGAUGCAACGGGUAAGAAUAUUAUGGACCUAACACAUGUACUGAGAUGUUUGAAUAAAUUAGAUGCUGGUGUAUUAGAGAAGAUUGCAUUAGUAACACCCGAUGAGAUGAAUUGCAUCAUUGUUAGUUAUAAAGAAUUAAGAGAUUUGAUAGAUACGACGUUUAGAAUAUUGUGCCAAUGA